UGGUGAAAGACAGUGGGCAUGUGACUUGUCACAUGACUACAGAUCAGCCAGAAAGCCGGAAUGGGACUCCAAGCCUGCCUCCUAGGGUUCCUUGCCCUCGUCAUCGCCAGCAAAUGCAAUUACAGCCCAGAGCCGGACCAGCGGUGGACGCUGCCCGCAGGCUGGGUGUCCCUGGGCCGUGUGGACCCUGAGGAAAAGCUGAGUCUCACUUUUGCCCUGAAACAGCAGAACGUCAAGAGACUCUCGGAGCUGGUGCAGGCUGUGUCGGAUCCCAGGUCUCCUCACUACGGAAAACACCUGACCUUAGAGGAUGUAGCUGAGCUGGUCCAGCCAUCACCACUGACCCUUCAAACUGUCCAAAAAUGGCUCCUGGCAGCUGGAGCCUGGAACUGCCAUUCAGUGACCACACAAGACUUUCUGACUUGCUGGAUGACUGUGCGACAGGCAGAACUGUUGCUCCCUGGGGCUGAGUUUCAUCGCUAUGUAAGGGGACCUACAGAGACCCAUAUUAUAAGGUCACCACAUCCCUACCAGCUUCCUCAGGCCUUGGCCCCUCAUGUAGACUUUGUGGGGGGACUACACCGCUUUCCCCCCACAUCAUCCCUGAGACAACGCCUUGAGCCACAAGGGGCAGGAACUGUUGACCUGCACCUGGGAGUGACUCCCUCUGUGAUCCGUCAGCGAUACAAUCUGACAGCACGAGACGUAGGUUCUGGCACCACCAACAACAGCCAGGCCUGUGCCCAGUUCCUGGAACAGUACUUCCAUAACUCAGACCUGGCCGAGUUCAUGCGCCUGUUUGGUGGUGAUUUUGCACACCAGGCAUCAGUAACCCGUGUGGUUGGAAAACAGGGCCGAGGCCGAGCUGGGAUUGAGGCCAGUCUGGAUGUGGAAUAUCUGAUGAGUGCUGGUGCCAACAUCUCCACUUGGGUCUACAGUAGCCCUGGCCGACAUGAAGCACAGGAGCCCUUCCUGCAGUGGCUCCUGCUUCUCAGUAAUGAGUCAACUUUGCCACAUGUGCAUACCGUGAGCUAUGGAGAUGAUGAAGACUCCCUUAGCAGUGCCUACAUCCAGAGAGUCAACACGGAGUUCAUGAAGGCCGCUGCCCGGGGUCUCACCAUGCUCUUUGCCUCAGGUGACACUGGAGCUGGGUGCUGGUCUGUCUCUGGAAGACACAAGUUCCGUCCUAGUUUCCCUGCCUCUAGCCCUUAUGUCACCACAGUGGGAGGCACCUCCUUCAAGAAUCCUUUCAAAGUCACAAAUGAGAUAGUUGACUACAUCAGUGGUGGUGGCUUCAGCAAUGUCUUCCCACAGCCUUCAUACCAGGAGGAGGCUGUAGCCCAAUUCUUGAAGUCCAGCUCUCAUCUACCACCAUCCAGCUACUUCAAUGCGAGUGGCCGUGCCUAUCCCGAUGUUGCUGCACUUUCUGAUGGCUACUGGGUGGUCAGCAACAGUGUGCCCAUCCCAUGGGUAUCUGGAACCUCGGCUUCAACUCCAGUGUUUGGGGGAAUUUUAUCCUUGAUAAAUGAGCACAGAAUCCUCAACGGCCGCCCUCCUCUUGGCUUUCUUAAUCCCAGGCUCUACCAACAGCAUGGGGCAGGACUCUUUGAUGUAACCCAUGGCUGCCAUGAGUCCUGUCUGAAUGAAGAAGUGGAGGGUCAAGGUUUCUGCUCUGGUUCUGGCUGGGAUCCUGUGACAGGCUGGGGGACACCCAAUUUCCCAGCUCUCCUGAAGACCCUACUCAACCCUUGACCCUUUCUUGCUAGGAAAGCUGAACUGUCCCCUGUACCACAGGAGAUGGUUCAGUCCUUUAUUCUGCCUUGGUGGAAGCCCUGCUGAACUCUCAACUGUUCCUGCUGCAGACAGCUUCUUCCUAACCCUGAAACGCUGUGAGUAGGACUUGGCUCAGCCUACUGUGCUCCAUCAUACUCAGGACUCUCAACUCUUGCCACAAGUUCCCUAGUAAGAUGGUAGAACCAGCAUACUUUGUCUCACCCCAUCCCCAUCUCUUCUUCCUCUUUUCAACCAGAGGUGUGAAUAUCAUGUGAGGAGGUAUAGUCUGUCAUUACUAGUACUAGCAGGCCCAGAUCUGAUGCCUACCACCCCUCUACACUGUGGCUCAAUUUCUCUUCAAGUUUGCUUCUCAGUUCCCUACAAUGAGACUUCUGCUCUCAACUUUUAGACUUCCCUCCCCUGACAUUGGGGAGCUUUUAUCCAGUGUACAGCUUUUAUCCAGUGUACACUUUUCUCAACCUUUGUUUUAUGUUGUUUUUUUUUUCAAAGAAUAGAAUUAAUUGACAAUCUCAUAAAUAAUCUAAAAAAAUUCAAAUUUUGUUAUCUUAAAAUGUGUUCUCACUGGUAAAAUUCUUCAACAAAAUAAAUGGGUCACUACAAAUGAAUGUCACAUUUAAAAUUUUCUUCAACACUUUUGAAAAAUAAUUUUUAAAUUUACAUUCGAUUUCCCCCCUCCUUGGCUACAGCAAAUCAACAAUCAGUUUUUAUCUCAGCCAGUAGACAUACAAACUUCUAGCUUCUGUGAACCUGGGUUUGGGCUCUUUCGGUCAAGUUUUCCAUUCGUUCUUUUUCCUUAGCUUCCAAACAAGCUAGUACCCUCUUGCCCUUAACUUUCAUUGCACUUCCAUACUGACUUUGAACAGUUCUACUGACAUUCCCCUCACGUAUAUCUUUAUCAACCCAAACUCCUUCCAGUUGAAUUUCCUCAGGAUAUCUAGAUUCUACAAAGUCUACAUCUCUCAUUCCUCAGUGCCAGCACAUUAACUUUGAACACCAUGCUUUCUCCUCUGAAUUACUGGAAACUCUUGGGAACAACAACAACAA